CAUUGCUCCGCUCCCCCAUCCGCUCGCUGCCACUCCCACUCCUCCCCGUGCUGCUGCUACAGCUCUACUCUACCACCGUCGCCACUUUCGAUGAUCCCCCCUUCAUGUUCUAAUACUCCCUCCUCCUGUUCUGCUUCUUGUUCUCCCUCUUCUGCGCUCUCCUUGUCGGUGUUCGAGCUUCGCAUUCCUCGCGUUUCUCUCGUUCUCGUGCGGUUGGUCGUUGGUCACUUCGUGAUUGAAAGAGCGAGAAAUCGAGAGAUUAGAGAUUAGAGAGUAGAGAGUAGAGAGAGAGAUUGAGCUGCGGGCGCUGAAGCCGAGCUUCUCGGGAGCUUGGAGGGGGGGGGGCACCGGUGGGUUCGCUUCUCCGCGGAAUGUGGUGGCUCCGCUGCGACAAUCGAGCCUUGCGGAACCCGAGGUGAGCGGGACUGAUAGUGGGCACCGAUUCUCACGCAGCUCGUGUCGGAUUGGUGCAUUCUUUCUUCCCUUCUCCCGCCUGCGGCCAUCGAGUCGUCCCCGUGAAUACACCCACCCACCGCUCUUCCUCAUCGCCUUGCUCUGUCAGCUUCUUCUCUUCCUUCGCGCAGCGAGCGAGCGAGCGAGUGCUUGAGCGAGAGAUUGAGAGAGAUUGCGAGGAGAGGUGAAAGGAGGCGACGCGAGAGGCGCACCGCAUUGCGUCGGAGCAGGAGCAGGAGCUGAGCUGAGCAAAGCAGAGCAGCGGCGGAAGCGGUCGAGGGAGAGGAGAACGGGGCAGGCAGCAGGCAGAGGGAGGGGAUCAUCGAUGGUCUGGAGGCGCCAAAGUCCAGCGUGUUGAGGCGCAGCGUUCGCGGGGCAGGAAGCGCAGGGUGGGGGCGGGGGCAAUGUCGGAGGCCAGGGGGAUGGCCUGCGUGCCGUCGUAUUACCAGUGCCCCAUCUCGCUGCAGCUCAUGCGCGAUCCCGUGACGGUGAGCAGCGGGCACACGUACGACCGAUGCAGCAUCGAGCGCUGGUUCCACUCGGGCAACAAGACGUGCCCGGCCUCAAUGCAGGUGCUCGAGACCACGGAUCUCAUCCCCAAUCUGACCCUGCGCCGCCUCAUCCAGGACUGGUGCCGCGCCAAUCGCCAGGACGACCACGCCAAGGGCUUAAUUCCGCAGCCGUCUGCGCACCCGAAGGAUGUGCGGCGGCUGAUCCACGCCAUUGGAAUCGGCUCCGGCAAGGAGCGCCUCGAGGCGCUGCGCCGCCUCCGGAGCAUGGCCAAGGCCAGCGAUCGCAACCGGCGCUGCCUCGUGGAGGCCGGCGCGCUCUCCACCCUCGGCGCCAUACUCUCGUCGCACAGGUCGAGGAUCACCGCGCGCAAGUGCGCCCUGAAUCUGGCUGGCGAGCUCUCGAGCUUGCGCCUUUGGGACGAGGACUCCGACGAGGCUUGUGAGGAGGCGCUCGGCACUCUGGGCCUCCUCUCGCAGUGCGACGAGGCGCGCCACGCUCUGCCCAUCGUCGGGCCCAGCCAAAUGUGCGCCCUGUCCUGGUUCUUGUGCAGGGACGGCCUGGACGCCAAGAUGAGCGCCGCCAUGGUGCUGGGCAAUCUGCUGAUCGACGACGAGACCAUGAUGGAGCUGGGCUCGUUCGAGGGCGUCAUGAGAGGGCUGGUCGACCUGCUCAAGGAGGAUCUGUACCCCAAGGCUCUGAGCACCAGCCUCCGGGGGCUGCAGGCCAUCUGCUGGCCCGAGCGCAAUCGCCUCAAGGCCGUCCGCGUGGGCGUCGUCGAGGCCCUGGUUGAGCUGCUGCCUGGAGCGAGGCGGUCCGACUCCGAGAAGGCGCUGGGGCUGCUGGAGCUGCUGUCCGCGUACGAGGAAGGUCGCAGCGCGCUCUGCCGGCACGCGCUGUCCAUCCCUGUGCUCCUCAAGAGCAUCCUCCGCGUGUCCGAGACGGCCACGGAGCGCGCCCUCGAGACUUUGCUGCUGGUGUUCCGAUUCUCGUCCGACCCCCGCCUGCACUACGCGUCCAUCCAGCACGGCGCCUUCAUGCAGCUGCUGCUCGUCAUCCAGAGCGAGAGCAGUCUGGACAUCAAGGACAAAGCGCGCGAGCUCCUCAAACUCCUACAAGUCCAAUGCAACAAAUCCGACCCCUGCAUCCGCACCAUCCGGUUCUCGUGAUCACGCCGGGCUCACGUCGAGCCUCGCUCAUCACAUCCCACCCCAACCCAACUUUCAAGUAUAUAUCACGCCCACACUCGCACUGGGUUCUUUUGAUGUACAGUAUACUCAUAGAGAAGAGAAGCGCAACUCGUUGUGGCGAAUUCGAUUCGGAAGUCCAAUUCUAGAUGUCGGCGAUUCGAGAGGAGGAACAGAUUUUUGCACGGGUCUUGGACGCGACGCGACAUCUUGCGGCGUUACUGUGUACAGUAGGCGAUGGCUGGUAGAUAGCCCGAGGAUUGAGAGAUACUAGAGCACUUCUGGAACGGCAGGCUCUGCUGGCUGUGUACAUUAUCAAGGAAAGAAAUUUGCCUCACUUCAGACGUGUGGUUGUGUGUUAUGGAAUCCCAUUUGUGAUUGCACUCCUAUGUUCCGUGUGGUCCUGAAUCUUAAUCCUUGCGAUUCUUUUCUACUGCAUUUCGUUCGGACAUGCGACUCUUGGCCACUCGCCCCUUGAGCCUGUACUUUGCAGUAUCCUUAUCCGUGCUCCCGAAUAAAUACAGCAUCGAGCACUACACGAGGUCGACAUUUCGAUUUUCAGGAGGCUUUUGUUGUCGAGUCAUUUGAGGAUAUGGAUGUAAGUUGUUGGUGGUGUGCCUGUCUGCAUCCCGUGAACUUAGGCCAUACACAGUGCACUAGAUCACAGGCCCGUCUGACUGUCAGACGAAGAUAAACAUUGGACGAGCCCGUGGAUCACGAUCUAUGAAGGGAUGAGGGAGAAGUUGACGUCGGGGAGGGAUGGGAAGGAAAGGAAAGGCUCCACACCGGAAGGAAUCGAGAGCUGCAUACUUUCCAGCUAUGGCAUUGUUCACACGUCGUCGCCGGGAUGGUUGAAAUCAACCAACGCACUCCUCGACCUGCAUGAGCGAGGUGCGCCCACUUUACGUUUAGGGUUCAGAUCGAGCGACACGGACGCAAUCGAUCCGCUCUCCUCCGCUGAACAGCGAGAGCCAUCAAUGUGUGGAUUCGUGUCUCAUCCGAGCCUUGGAUUUGAAACCGGUCAAGGACUCGAGGUCGAGACGUCAACAUCAACAACAACAAUAUCAUCAUCGACAACAUUCAGCAGUCCUGCACUGUCCUGCUUCGAUUCCACAUGGGAGGCGGAAUCAUCGGAUCAUGAUCAUGAAGGCUGAGGUGGAUGCACGAGAAAGAUUAUCGGUCAAAGUCUGGUCGUCGCUCGCUCGCUCACUGCCUGUUGUUGCUGCUGCUGCUGCUGAAGCUGGCAGACAACAGCAGAUCAGGGGCCCCACCAGCCCCCGAGCUCUGACGCUUUGCUGUUUGGAAAAGCGUGAUGGAUCAUGUAUCUGUCCCUCCCUCUGGCACUCUACUAACACUAAAGCGUCGUCACCCGGAACGAACUCUCCGACCCUUUGACCCUGAUUUGACCGCCAUCACUCACCCCCUCUCUUCUCUUCUUUUCCUCCCCCCAUCAUUUCCGUUCCUGCCUCCCUUUCGAACCCCUGGCCCAACUCCAAGCCCUUCCGACGUGGCACACUCUGCCACCACCUCGCCAACUGCGACCCACGGCUUCUGUGAACUGCGCUGCCCGGUUCGGUUCCCGGGCACAUCCUCUUCUCGACUGUUCUUCUACCGAAUAGUUCUAGAGAUAGCCCCCAUGCAGAUGGUGGAAUUCUGUCGGACUGAAUUCUGAGUGGCAAGAGUGGAGGGACGAAGAAUAGUCUUAUAAACUGUUCGUGUAAUUGAUGUUUUGGGUUUGGUUUAAGCUUACCUUCGCUUGAUUUCGGCUUGCGCUAUCUGCCCUUCGUCUCCAUCUACUACCCUUUGGUUGUAGAUUUCUGUCUUUGGGUCUUUGGGACUCUCCCUGUUAAAUUAUUGUUAUAAUUAUUUCGAUGGAUACACUAGCAAUAUUUCGUAAUCUACUGGACGGUACAUCUGAAGAAGAAUAAACAGUGGACCCGGAUGUUGGUUUUUUGUCGCAAGUACAAGGAUACAUUGGCAUGGGCCGAAAUAAUCGGAGUAUCAUGACUGACACAUAAGUCCUCACGAAAAUCACGCAAAAGGCUUGACGGGAGCCGGGAGAUACAUGUACGGAUGCCUGAAAAGGCACCCUUAAAAUUGAAUGGUGACACCCUUAAACAUUUUCGGUCAAGAUCGAGCAUUUCAG